CCUCCCUCUCCUCCCCCCUCUCCCCCUGACGGCUCGGCAGCACCUCCCACAGACGCACAGCGGCGGCGCAGCUUCCACCGACAAUGAUAUUCCAGGCACUUGCGGCUCGUCUGCAGCGGUAGGAGCGAAGGAGGCGAGAAAAAGAGAGAGGAGCUUCACCUCCUCGAGCUGCGAGUGAGGCAGGGACGCAAAAAAAAAAAGAAAAGAAGAAGAGAGACACAGAGAGAGGUGAAAGAGAAGAAGGCUGUGGAGUAACAACCAAGAAAGACAAGAAAAGAGAGAGAAGACGGCAGCGGCUCGGAGGAGGAGUGUUUAAUUGUCUGCGCUAAAGUGUUUUUUACGCACACAUUCGACAUGUCAUCGUCCGGCAAAGACAACAGCGGUGCCCAACACGCCAAUUACGUGGGACCUUACCGUUUGGAGAAGACGCUGGGGAAGGGACAGACAGGCUUGGUCAAGCUCGGAAUCCACUGUGUAACAUGCCAGAAAGUCGCCAUUAAGAUUGUUAACCGGGAGAAACUCAGCGAGUCAGUACUAAUGAAGGUGGAGCGAGAAAUAGCUAUUCUGAAGCUCAUAGAACACCCACACGUUCUAAAGCUACACGACGUCUACGAAAAUAAAAAGUACUUGUACCUUGUGCUAGAACAUGUGUCUGGUGGUGAGCUGUUUGAUUACUUGGUGAAGAAAGGCAGGUUAACGCCAAAAGAGGCCAGGAAAUUCUUCAGACAGAUCAUGUCUGCGCUGGAUUUUUGCCACAGUCAUUCCAUAUGCCACAGGGAUCUGAAGCCAGAGAACCUGUUGCUAGAUGAAAAGAACAACAUCAGGAUAGCAGACUUUGGCAUGGCCUCCCUUCAGGUCGGAGACAGUCUGCUGGAAACCAGCUGUGGGCCAGGGCCACGGCCACACAUUACGGCUCUCCGUCUCCUCAUCUCAGGCUCUGGGUUUUAUGAUCCUGCACCUGUCAGAAAGUUUGGUGUGCCACCUCAGUGCCCAGACAUGUCACAGUCCCCCAACACCAGCCCCUGCCCGUCUCCAGACCCCAUCCCCAAUCGCCCGUGUGUCUCCACCCCCAACUCGCUCGCUCCAAACAAUGAACUCCUGCCGGCAGCGCUCAACAAGACGCAGACGCUCCCCACCAAACCCAAAGUCGCCCUGAAGCCUCUCCAGGCCACACGAUCCAACCCGCUCCCCGAAACCUCCCCAGAUCCAGAAUCUGCGGCAAAAUCGGAGCCCUCCUCUCCCUGCCAGCUCUCAUCACAGCCGCCCUCUGCCUCUGUGCCCCCCAGCCCUACUUCCCCAUCCUCCCCGUUCUCCCCAUCCACCAUCACCAAUGCUCCCAUCCCGAACAGCCCGCACGUACGGCGCACCCAUUUUGCCGCCGGCCCCCAGCUCUCUGUGCCCUUUAGCCCAGUGGUGCCCCUGUCGCCCAUCCGGCUGCACCACUUUCACCCCGUGGCACCGGCUUCUUCUGCAUUCACUGACCACCCACCCAAAUCUAUCCCCCUCAUACAGGUUACCCCCCACCCCUCCCCUCGAGGCAGCCCCCUCCCCACCCCAAAGGGCACCCCAGUGCACACUCCCAAGGACAGCCCAGCUGGGACCCCCACCCCAACGCCGCCCCCCAGCCCAUCCAUCGGAGGCAUGCCGUGGAGGACACGCCUCAACUCCAUCAAGAACAGCUUCCUGGGCUCACCACGCUUUCACCGCAGGAAACUCCAAGUCCCCACACAAGAGGAGAUGUCCAGCCUCACACCAGAGUCUUCCCCAGAACUUGCCAAAAAAUCCUGGUUUGGUAACUUCAUCAACCUGGAAAAAGAGGAGCAGAUCUUCAUCGUGAUCAAGGACAAGCCUCUCAGCUCCAUCAAGGCAGACAUCGUGCAGGCCUUUCUCUCGAUCCCCAGCCUAAGCCACAGCGUGAUUUCUCAGACCAGUUUUCGAGCGGAGUACAAGUCCACGGCCGGCCCCACAGUCUUCCAGAAGCCGGUCAAAUUUCAGGUGGACAUCACCUACACGGAGAGCACAGCCGCGACCAAGGAGAACGGCAUCUACUCCGUCACCUUCACCCUGCUCUCAGGACCCAGCCGGCGCUUUAAGCGAGUAGUGGAGACGAUUCAGAGCCAGUUGUUAAGCACACACGACCAGCCUGGGGUCCAGCAGCUGUCUGACGAGAAGAACGGACAAGUGCCCUACGGCUCCGGCACGCCCUCCAAGCGCUGCCCCUCGCCCAUGCACACCCAGAGGCACGAGCAUAAUGACACCAAAUGCCCCGCGGCGGGCCGAGACAGGGCCAAGUUGUCGAUGGCGUCUGUGGGGACACAAGAGGAGUCUUAAACUGCGACACUGUGUAGUCGAGCCAGUGCUAAAAACCCAUCCCAGUAUAAGCCAGCGACACAGAGAGAAUAUCUGUACAUAGCCAGAUGUAUAUAAUAAUAUAUGGACCUUUUUUGUAAAAAAUAACUUUAUAUAGACAGAAAUAUAUUAAGAGAAAGUGAUAUUUUACAAGCAGCAUACUGCACCUACACCACAAACACACUCCUUCCAUUCCCUGUUUCAUUACGCCUCAGUGUCCACCACCACCCUCAUCCUCCACCCCUCCACUCCUCCACCCCAACAAUCUAACCGCCUGUGGCCCUCGCUCUGUGUUUUGCUCCCUUGCUGCUAACCUGUGUGAUGACCUGACUUGUUUCUGACACCAGGAAUUAUCCAGAAAACCUAUUAAGUCCCUGCUCCUCCUGCUCCCUGCUCCGUCCGCCCUCCCUUCGACCGCCUCUCCGACUCCCCGCCCCACCCCACCCUGAGCGCGCCGAGAGAGAGAGAGAGACGGAGGACUGCUUUUAGAGGUACGCUCAGAAGUGUGUGGGGGGGAUGUUACCAUGGAGACAGGAACCUUCAUCCUCCUCCGUGCCCCUUGUCUACACCUCUGACAGACGUCAUUAGAAGUAGCUGAAAAUACCUUUAGUGUACCCUGCCCCCCCCCCCCUCAUCUUGGAAACACAG